CCUUUUUUGGGUUCAAUGACGGUGUGUUCCUCCAACAGGCCGACGCCCAUCCCCGGUUUCCUCGACGACUACGCCUUCGUGGCGUGCGGGCUGCUGGACCUGUACGAGGCCACGCUGCGGACGGAGUGGCUGCGCUGGGCCGAGGAGCUGCAGCUGCGGCAGGAUGACCUGUUCUGGGACGCCCAGGGGGGCGGCUACUACUGCAGCCAGCCCAGCGACCCUACCCUGCUGCUGAAGCUCAAGCAAGACCAGGACGGGGCAGAGCCCAGUGCUAACUCGGUGUCUGCGCUGAACCUGCUGCGGCUGUCCCACUACACGGGCCGUCCGGACUGGGCGCGCAAGGCGGAGCACCUGCUGGCCGCCUUCUCCGACCGCCUCACCCGGGUGCCCAUCGCCCUGCCCCACAUGGUGCGGGCGCUCCUGGCCCAGCACCACACCCUCAAGCAGAUUGUCAUCUGUGGUGAGAGGGAUGCCCCAGACACUGCCGGUCUCCUAGCAACCGUCCGCUCCCUCUACUUACCGCACAAGGUUCUGAUGCUGGCGGACGGUGACCCCGAGGGCUUCCUGUCCCAGCGCCUGCCCCUCCUCUCCUCGCUGAAGCCCCGCCCAGACGGCGCCGCCACCGCCCACGUCUGCCAGGACUUCACCUGCGCCCUGCCAAUCAGCGACCCCGAGGAGCUGCGCCGCGCGCUGCUAGAGCCCCACCCCCCCGCGCCCCCCGCCCUGUAGAACCCCACCCGACACGGCCGCUUGGCUAGUUAGCACCUUAGCGUCAUGCUACCCCCAUGGCGAGCUGCAUGACCCCCAGGGGGGGGUUACGGGAACCCUCCGUCUCCGCUCCGUUCCAGAGUCUGUCCCUGCUUGAAGCCCCGCCCCCCACGGUGCUAUCCCCUCUAGCGGAGCAACAACCAACCGUCUGUCUGGACCACUGGAGUCUCCAGCCCCCCCGAGGGCCCCUGAAGAACCGGCCCCCCGGUCCCUGGGGGCCGUGGUGAGACCCCGGGGCAGCUGCCGUUAACCGACGGGGACCUGACAACCCUAAUGAACGGACGUAUCUCUGCCCUUACGUCCGGAGCCGUCAUAGAGCACACACCGCAGCCGGGACGCAGCCACAAUGGUCUGAUGGAGUGGUCUGUCUCCCUCCCUGGAUGGAUGGCUCCUGCUCUGGUUCCAAACCCUCACCAUUAGUGUCGCACCUGUCUGACACCUGUCCGUGUGUGUGUGUGUGUGUGUGUGUGUGUGUGUGUGUGUGUGUGUGUGUGUGUGUGUGUGUGUGUGUGUGUGUGUGUGUGUGUGUGUGUGUGUGUGUGUGUGUGUGUGUGUUUCUAUGUUGCAUGCCUGCGUUCCCGCGUGUGUUCUGUCUCGGCCUAGAUGCGUGAGCGAGAGAGCGUGUGUGUGAGAGAGCGGGAGAACGUACGGGUCUAUCUUGCAUGCCGGCCUGCCUGCAUGCGUGUGUUGCGUAUGCGUGUGUCGCUGCUGUGCGUGCAUGAGGGUGCGUGCUUGCGCACAUGUUUGACGCAUGAAUCAGAAUGAGGAUAAUCCCUCUGCCUGAAUACAUGCAUGUAGAUUGGUGAGAAGUGGCGGGUGAAAUUCCUCAACUGACGUCGAGCAUGUGUGCGCUGUGAUGUGUGUGUGUCAGCGAGCGAGCGAGCGUUUGUGCCUGUGAGUACGUGUGUGUCCUCCCUAACAAGCAGCCCAUGCACCAUCUGCUCCCCCUGGACGCUGCCCCCCCCCCCCCAUGUCC